AUGGGCUCACCAAGUGUUUGUGUCUUGUCUGUCCUGGCUCAGCCAAGCAAAGUGAGGGAAGAGACAAGCUCGGGCUUCCUGCUUGCAUCAGAAUGGGAAGUUUUCAGGAGAAGCCAAGCACUCAGCUGCUGCAAGGGAGAAAGUGAAGACAUCGGGGAAGAGCAGCAGGCUAGAUUGGCAGAUUUAGAAGACUGGCUAGAUGCUGCCUCAUCUCAGCUGUUGUUGGACAAGUGGGAGGAAAAGGCUCGUGACGAUAAGAGCUUUGACAUCUUCUGUGAUGUGGGCCACAUGGCACUGGACUCACUCAUGAAGUGCACCUUUGGCAGAGGAGACGGCGGUCUGGGCCACAGGGGCAGUAGCUCCUACUCGGCCAUCAGCGAACUCACUCUGCUGGUGCAGCAGCGCACUGAGUCCUUCCAGUACCAUAACGACUUCAUCUACUGGCUCACCCCACAUGGUCGCUGCUUCUUGCGGGCCUGCCAGGCAGCCCACGACCACACAGACCAGGUCAUCAGGGAACGAAAGGCAGCCCUGCAGGAUGAGAAAGAGCAGCAGAAGAUCCAGAGCCAGAGGCACCUGGACUUCCUGGACAUUCUUCUGGGGGCUCAGGAUAAAAAUGGGAUCAAGUUGUCAGACGCAGAUCUCCGGGCUGAGGUCGACACAUUCAUGUUUGAAGGCCAUGACACCACCACCAGUGGCAUCUGCUGGUUUCUCUACUGCAUGGCCCUGUACCCUGAGGACCAGCAUCGUUGUCGGGAGGAGGUCUGUGACAUCCUUGGAGACCGGGAUUCCUUCCAGUGGGAUGAUCUGGGGAAGAUGACCUACUUGACCAUGUGCAUCAAGGAGAGCUUCCGCCUCUACCCACCCGUGCCCCAGGUGUACCGCCAGCUCAGCAAGCCUGUCAACUUUGUGGAUGGCCGCUCCCUACCAGCAGGCAGCCUGAUCUCUCUGCACAUCUAUGCCCUCCAUAGGAACAGCGCAGUGUGGCCUGACCCUGAGGUCUUUGACCCUCUACGCUUUUCCCCCGAGAAUGUGGCCACACGCCACCCCUUCGCCUUCAUGCCCUUCUCUGCUGGGCCCAGGAACUGCAUUGGGCAGCAGUUUGCCAUGAAUGAGGUGAAGGUGGUCACGGUCCUCUGCUUGCUCCGCUUUGAGUUCGCCCUGGACCCCUUGCGGCCCCCCAUCAAGAUGCCCCAGCUGAUCCUGCGCUCCAAGAACGGCAUCCACCUCCGCCUGAAAUCGCUGCGCCCAGGCUCUGGGAAGUAG